AUGUCCGCAACAUCCACGUCCGGCAAGGGCUUGACGAAGUUCAACGAGCCGUUCACGUUCGACUCUGUCCUGCGCAUCCUGGGCAAGGCGCCGUUUUCCACACCAUUUAUCGCGCUCCUGCCGGCGCUCGCCGUGGCAUACCACAAGUACACCCAUCCAGCUGUGGUGCUGCCGAGCUCGCUGGCCGCGGGGUGGGCGCUGGUGCGAACGCUACUGUUCGCGCAGUACAAGUGGGUUGGGUAUAUUUGGGUGUUCCAGCUGAUCCGCACCGUGAAUCGGGCGCUGAACAGGUACACGCGCAACCACAAGGAGUGGCGACGCGAUCCGACCGACUAUGCGAAUGAUGUGGUUGUCAUCACAGGCGGUUCACAGGGGAUUGGCAAGGAGAUUGUGCAGCUGUUGAGCCACCGCAAGAAGGCGCAUAUUGCGGUGCUAGAUAUGGCACCGCCUGCGUACAUCGCCGCGCCCGCGGGCGCGCCCGAGAUUCUGUACUUCAAGACGGACGUCAGCAACCGCGAGCAGGUGGCGGAAGUGGGCGCCAAGAUCCGCGCGGCGUUUGGGGGUAAGAAGAUCGGCGUACUGAUCAACUGCGCCGGUGUUGCGUCGGGCAAUACCAUCCUCGACGUCGAUCUCGAUUCGGCCGCUCGUCUGUGGCGCAUCAACACGUUUGCCAACUGGAUCACAGCCAAGGAGUUCAUCCCCGACAUGAUCGCGCGCAACCACGGACACGUCAUCACUGUCUCCUCUGCCGGAGCCUACGCCACUCUGCCCUCGAUGAGCGAAUACGCCACGUCCAAGGCCGCCGCACUCGCGUUCCACGAGUGCCUGGCUAUCGAGUUCCGCACGCGCUACAAUGCCCCCCGCGUCCGAACCACGCUCGUCGCCCCCACCAAAGUCCGCACCGCGCUGGGCGAUGGCAUGGAGGAUCACGCAGACCCCUUCUUCACCCCCGUGCUCGAACCCAUCCAGGUCGCUCAGAAGAUCGUCUGGACCCUCGACUCCGGCCUCUCCCAACACCUCAUGCUCCCCGGUUUUGCCAACUUGCUCCCCUGGAUCCGCGCCGCCCCCGAUUGGUUCCGUCGCCUCUUGGCCGUGUUGGACAAUGGCGACAACACGGUGACCCACAAGAGCAUGACCAGGGCCUUCAAGAACGGCUAUGGCUCCAACUGGGAGGGCUCCGACAAGGAGGUCUACGAACGAAGGGCUCGACUCUUCAGGGCAGCUGAAAACGCAACCAAGUAG